ACUAAAGGGUAGUAGUACUAGUAGUGACGAGCAAGCUUGAUUCUGAAAAAUAGGAAAAUUUCAGAUUAGAAAAAGGGAAAGAAAUGGAGCUUGGAAAACCCAAAACCGAAGCAUAUCUAAGGCUCUUUGCAAUCUUGACCUUGGUAUUAACAGCUUGUUUGUUAGGGUUAGAUUCCCAGACAAAGCCUGUCUAUUUCCUUGAGAAACAUGUCACAUACAAGUAUUUGAAAGCUCUCUUAGUUUUAGUGUAUGUAGAUGCUGUGGCUGCUGCAUAUAAUCUGAUUCAACUAGGCAGAUGUUAUUUUUUAGCUUCGUCCAAAGGGAACUUCAAGGGUUCUUAUAGAUAUAUGGCUUGGGGUUCUUACUUAUUGGAUCAGAUUGCAGUGUACAUUACCUUUGCGACAACCUCAGCGGCACUUGAGCACUCGAUUCUGGUGGUGACCGGAGCAGAUAAACUCCAGUGGAUGAAGUGGUGCAACAAGUUCACGAGAUUCUGCUUCCAAGCUGGUGGUGCUUUGCUUUGUGGCUACCUAGCAGCUAUACUAAUGGCCUUCAUAUCCUUCAUUUCGGCCUUCAAUUUGUUCAGGCUCUAUUCUCCCAAGCUUUUACUGCAUUUAAAGACCACCUCCUAGUUGUGGUCUAUCUAUGUUAUAAGUAAAUGCUAUAGUUUAUGUUAUCUGUAAUUCAUGGAAGCCCAUGCAUGAUGUUAUUGGGCCUCCAUUUCUAAAAUUGCAAGUUCAUUUAUGAAGAGCCUUUGGUAAAUUGUAAAGUAAUUGCUAGUUAUUCGCUCCAUAUAUAAUUCAUGUGUGUACACAAACUAUAUUUCAAUCUCUUCAGUUGCUUUCUUUUCUC